GUAUAUGGCACCCACAAGAAACUAAAAGGGGGUUCAGAAACAGAACUUUAAAGGAAAUCCCGACGUAGAACUAAGAGGAGCAAACUAAGCAGGAAAAGUCACCGAGUCGUAAAAGGUACCAGUUCAAGAUACGUUUUUGAAAGGACAAGAAGCGCACAAACAUUUUAACAGUCAUUUAUAAUCCGGUGGCGUGCAAUACCUCAACAUGAAGUUAUCUCUGUGCCUAGUCGUCCUCCUCGUCCUUGUGUCCCUCAUGGACGCACAGCAGCCACCAACAGCUCAGACGGCAGCUCCGACUGUUUCCAAGGCAGAGAAUGAAAACACGUGCCUGCCUCCCUACUCCUCCAUCAACAUUAUCCCAUGUGGCGACCAGUGGCGCGGAAACUGUGGUAGACGCCCACUGGCGGUUCUUCCUGCCUUGCACAACGGGCAGCGUGCAUAUAGCCCAGUACUACGUGGAGAGCGCCGACUUCCUCUCCCAGGACACACAGAGGGUCAGGAUCGCCUGGUUCACCAAGGAGAUACAGCACGACUUAUACAACAACCGGCCCCUGUACGCCCAUUUCCUGGACGGAGGGUCCACGGUGGGUAAGAAGGAGGAUCUCAUCGACGCCGCCAAGGAAGGAAAAGAAAUCCGCGCUCUCAUGACCGACAGAGGCUACUCCUUCCCAUUCCAGGUGAUCCAGUGGUCUGACGUGGACCAGCGCGUGUGUGGUCAGAGCAACAAACAUUUGUCCCAGAAGUACAGCGGCAACGACAUCGUAUUCAACACACAGACUCCCUACAUGUGGUUCUCAUCAUGGUGCACAACCGGCCGCCGGGACAGUUCUCGAUGGGCGGUUGGCGGGGUGACCAACAGAGGCCGCGGCGCUGACUAUGUGUCCCUCAAAUGGUUCGCUGACCCAUGCUGGAGGCACGUGUUUACUCACGACAAGGCUGGCAACCAGCUCAGGGGGUCUAGGGAGUCUCUGGUGGCUGCUAUCAAGGACGGUCACCGCGUGCGAGUUGUGGUAGACAACCGGGCCAUGGAGGCGGCUUUCCUCAGGGUGAAGAACAAUCACGUCAGUGCAUACUUCAUGGACGAGCUUUCCACUAAGGGAGGACGCGGCUACGACCAGUUUGAUUUCACCAGCAACACCUACAUCAAGUUCUCCACGGCCCACACCACCGGUACAUUCCGGCAGUACGGACACUUCGUGCGGAACACUUCCACCACAAUCUCGCCCAGCAUGACGAAGCAGAAAAUCUGCUGGAUGAUCGAUGUGAAACCAUGGGAGACCAUCCUCAAAGUCAGCGAUAAAGGCACGGUGGUUUGGGGUUCCAAGACCAACGUGCGUAACGCCAUUCUCAAAUCCGCGUCCGUCCGCUUGGCCAUUCAGUUUGACCAGAUGAGUGGGACGAUGUAUCUUCCCUCGGACAACGCCAAGGUACCCUCAAGCUCAGUAGACGAAGACAGUGUGGUACAGGUGGUUAGAGUGUUGGGAGACCGACCCGUGGACAUGUUUGAGUUCGAGUUGUCACCAGUCCCCUUCUGGGUGUUCCUGGUGGUACCGACGAGCGGCGAAGUUCACCUGUCAGGCUGGCAGAUGGGAAAACAUCAUCGGUUCUUCCAUUCCAAGACGCCUGCCACGGUGGUCUGGUUCGCCAACUUGUAAACUGUGACAUUUUGGGGCGCUGGGGGGUAACAUACACAGCCAUUAGUUAUGAAAUAAAAGGAAAAUUACAUUCUUUGA